AUGUGUGUUUGGGAAUCUGGAAAUCAAGCUUCAAGCCAGUACACACUCUUCAUUCAACAGAAAACAUGCAAAGUGUUUGCUGGCAUAUCUAUAACGUCUCAAAUAAUUACACGAAAUGAUUUGUUUGAGAAAUGGAACAUGACAGUCCAUGUUGUCGAGGAGAAUGAUGUGGGGAACUGCACCAAGGCUGUUUUCACAGGCAUCCCACAAGAUUUGGUUCGCUGUGGUCCCCCAACUAAGGUCCACUUCAAUCGUCGUUCCAGACAGAUGGAAGUGAAUGUUUCCUGGCAACCGAAGAGCAUGGGUAUCAAUCAGUACAUUGUGAGGUACUGGGCACACGAGAACCAAACCAAGGAAACGCCUACAGUACUGUCCAGGGAUGUGGAGACGUGCAUUGUCGAUAAUCUUAACGCCUCGCUGCCCUAUGAGAUACAGAUUCAGUGUGUUGCCAGUGAAAAAUGCAGACAGUGUUUGUGGAGUGACAUUUUCCGAGUCUCACCAGAACUUACUGUUGAGCCUUUCCUCGAGGAGAUAAAAGAGAUUCCUCAGCCCGAAGGAAGACGAAUUAUUGUUAUAAAAUGGAAGUUUGCCGAGGCAGAGUUAGCAGAGGGCUACAAUGUGACCGUGGAGAAACUCUCUGGAGAGACUUUUCAGACGUUCAACUACACCAGACCGGAGAUUAGCCUGGUCCUCUCCCACUCAGCCUAUCUCCUCAACAUCUCUGCCUUCCACAGCGCUGCCACUUCUCCUGCAUUAGAGUGGACCAUAGCCCCGUUCUUAGACAAAGCAGACCUGCCUCCCGAGAGGCUGAAUGUCACAUUCAGUGGCAACUCCUCCUUCGUAAUCUCCUGGCAACGUGACUUGGUGAAAACAUACGACUGCUUUUGUGUGGAGUGGUGGCAGAAAGGAGAGAAACCAGCUUUCUGGUCUUUCUAUGAAAAGGAGAACCACUAUGAAGUUAUAACCUUGAAGGAACCUCUGCAGCCCUACGAGAGAUACACGUUCACCCUCCACACACGGCCAAACAAGGACACGUGUGACCUGAAGAAGAUCAACAACAGUGAGACCACCUAUGGGAGCAUCCGCGCCUAUAUCACCGAAGGACGUGAGUUUGAGAUCGAAACACAUUUAUACCGUGUAGUCAUCUUUCUGUCGGCCACCCCAGGACCCCGCAGGGCCCCGGGGAACAUCGGUAGUCGCGAUGAGACCCAGACCUCUGUGACGAUCGAGUGGAACUCCGUCUCUGAAGAGGACAGCAUGGGAUUCCUGCAGGGAUAUCACCUUUACUACAGCGAGGAUGAAGCAGCACACACAGAAACAAACCUCACAGUGGGCCCAGGAUCAAACAGCUAUGAGCUUGAGGGUCUUAAAAGCAGUCGACAGUACCAAGUCCAAAUGUCGGCGUUCACCAGGGCAGGGGUUGGAGUUCGCAGUUCAGCUGUGUACUUCGCAACGAAGCAAAGACAAGAUUUCAUGACUACGGGCGUGGCCCUGACCGCGCUGGUUGGCCUAAUCAUCGUGUCGAUGUUUGGGUGUCAUAUCUCACCACUGAUAAAAAGAACAAGGAGUGUGUGGUGGCCUAACAUACCUAAUCCCAGCAACAGCUAUGCCAUCCAAAACAUUAAGGGAGUCUGUGAGUUGCUCCUGGAACCUAUCAAACCACAGACAUUGGAAGGAGAGGGAGAUUCCAGCAGUUUACACCUCAUUGAGAAAGUCGCUGAAAAGUUUAAUAUUAGCAACUUUAACAGUAGUUUUGACUCAGAUCUGCACUGCAACCGAGAACCUCAGCACAUCAAUAACAAGACUCCUCUGUCAGAAACAGCCUGUGAGGGCUUCUCAGCAGAUCCCAGCUGUGGGGGUGUGUGUCAGAGAGACUUCCUCUCCACAACUACUGAGAGAAUAGAUAAAGAUCUGACUUCUGUCUGUGCUACACCUUCCUCUAUGAACACACAGCACCCAGACCGUGGCCCCAUAAGCCACCAACCGGUCUUCAUGAGUGACUACACAACCAUGGAGCUGUUUCAGUUGACCAUGCCUCUGGACUCACACCCAUCCACUGCCUCAGCUGACACCCAUGAACAGAGACUAACCCGGGACAUGGAUUUGACUUCACUGAGACCGGAGUUGGAUUACAUGCGACAGUCACUGUGCAAUUCCCUCUUCCUGUCCCAAGGGGGCCCCCUUCCACCCCAGAACACAGAGCACUACAACACUGUUCUAUGACAACGUUCUAUGAGAACUGUUCUAUGAGAAUGUUUGGAAUUGUGUGAAGUAGAAGGUUGACACACGUUACUUAUAUACUGCAUGCCGGUAGUUAUAGCGUGUAUAUAUAUAUAUGUAACUAGUCUCCAUUUUCUGGAAUUUGCAUAAAUCCUUGGUCUUUGUAGCACGACUUGGAAAUGAAUCCCUGCCAAUGCGACAAGUCAUCACACACUGAGGUGUGAGAAACCAAACAAAGCCUUUCUUUAGCAGAGACACUGGCCGAAUGUCUCCCACAAUUGAUACAUAAAAUCCGGUAUCGCAUUAACAGAAAUACUUUGAAGCAAAUAUUCUUUAUUUGAUCAUUUUUCUGCAAAGAUUUAUGUGAUAUACAUGUUUUGUCAAAUGUACAAAUACGGUAUAUGUGGACCACACACAUGCAGCCAAGAGGGCCAAAGCAGCAUUACUCAAAACACCCAACCAGUUACCGUGGCGACGUUUUAUCCUUUUUGCCAGUUUCACCAUCCACAGCCAGCAUGUACACAAAGAAUAACCCAACAACAAACUGGACAUAUAGUUUCUACUGUUGGAUACAAGUAUAUAAAAAAUAAAUUAUUUACGUCAUUCGCAA